AUGACAUCCUAUCUCGACCUGCCAGCACCCAAGCCUUACAAAAUCGACAAUUUCGACAUUUCAAGUCCAGACAUCUUUGCUGACCCCGUUUUCAAUACCGAAACUAUUCACUCUCUCACCACCAUCCCUUUGAAAUUGGCUGCAAAACUCACGGUUUCUCACUCUUUAGCGAACAUCAUGGAGAAGGAUAAUUUCAAAUACGAUGAAUUGUAUGAGCAAUCACCAGAGGAAAUGCUUCACCAGCACCUCCACUCGAGUUUUGCAAGGCAGGAUAUGUUUGGGCUGCACAACGAUCCUCAAUUCGGCCUUGGCAUGACCAGUCUGUAUUUGGCACCCGAAAUGGACCCUCCUCUUGACCAUAGCUUCAUGGCUCUGAGCUUCACGGACUCACCGGUAGAAAAUGACCACGUUUCUGGCAUUUUUGACGUUGCCCAUAUCGGCAAUAAUGUCGAGUAUCACGGUGAUAAUUUUUAUGGCUUUGAUCUUCACCAACCGGUUCCCAGAAGAGCUGCCUCUGACACUUUCGCUCCCCCGCCUUACAACAACCCCAUUUAUCAUGCUCAAGCAGGCUCUCCCCCUACAUCAUCGGCGUCGUCAAUCCUCACACCCGUGUCGUCUGUAGGGGACGAGCAAAGAAGCCAGAUUCCCAACUUUAGAUUCAAUGGGGUUCAAUUAGACUACGCACCUCAGCGGCCCUUGAAAGCUACGAAGCCGCUCCAAUCUUUUUCGAGGCCUGGAAAUAAGCUGAACAAAUGUGGUGUGGCGACGACGAGAACCCCUAGAACCCCUAUAAAGCUCAACAAAAACAAGCCUUUUUCUAGUGCUGAAAAAAUCAUAAAUGAGACUAACAUUGCCAAUCGCUUGGAGCCGCUGCAACAAUCCUUAAGGCCAGAUCUGGCCAAAGCGACAAGCUCACCUGGAGUCCUGCUGACCUCAGCUUCAGGCACUUCGAGAUCAUCAUCAAUGCUACCACUUGAAUCAGCGCUUACAACGAGGCUGUCACCCCAGGUUAAACGGGCCAAGAGAGAUCCAAAACCGGCCAAACAGACUGUUGACAAGGCUGUGCCCACGCUCGAUGUUCAGGAUCCCCAGCCAGUUAAGAAAAAACAUAGAAGACGCCAUACUCAGAGGUGA